AUGUCUUCAGCGACAAAACGCAAGUCUUCCGACCUGGAUGACGCGUAUCCCAUCGACGAUGUCACACCCACCAACAGCCCCCCCAGAAAGCGCAUGCGGAUCACGCGAAGCCAGAAACAGGCUCUGAUGGACAACCUGCAACUUGAAAUCACCGAACGAGCUCGCAAACUCCGCGCACAGUAUGCCCUCCAAGCUCAAGACCUCCGAGCACGCCUCGAACGACGCGUUAAUCGAAUUCCCAUUGCCCUCCGCAAAGCGAACAUGGGCGAGCUGCUCGAGAAGCACAAUGCCGCCCUUCGCGCACAGCUUGAAGGCUCACCACGGAAAUACCGUAGCCCGGCAAAAGGGUCCCGCAACUUCACAGCCCUCUCGGCUUCGGGGAGGAAGAAGGCGGCCACUGCCAGUCCUAGCCCUCGACGAGUGAGGAAGCACAGCCCCGCUGGUAUCUACUCCGACAAAGAAAACGCCCCCGCAUCAGGCGAGCAGCUCGACGUUCUCAAGAACCCAAAACGACGCGCCAAACCCGGUGCCGCCAGUGGUACUUCUCGCGUUGUUUCCCAAGAGGUCCGUGGGGCAGACUACAGGAUCCUCUCGCCCAAAUCCUCCAACUCCAGAACAUACCCUCAAUCCCCACUCCGUGCUUCUCCCGAGAAAGCCCAGCAGCCCUCGUCUUAUCUGUCUCGCCCAAUGUCACCAUUAAAACCAUCAAGCCCGCUCAAAUCCACUUCCGCCAACCGCCCCGGCUCUUCAAGAGGCGCUGUCCCUGCCCGCCCACAAUCCGCGCAAACUACUCGUCCUGGAAGCAGAGCCGCCACCGGGGGUCCCAGAUCCGUACGCUCACCCUUGUCGCGGCCGGCCACUCGCCAAGGCGACCGCAGAGGUAGCGUCUCAUCGUCUACAUCAUCGGGUACCACGGUCGCACACACAGUUCGAUCAACCGUGUCGCGAAAGGUAACAACUGCAUCGACAGCAGGCAGUGCAGCCAAGAAGGCGGCCGUUGCUCGAGCCCAGGCGCCCUCUGCCGCUUCGAAGAGGACUGCCACAUCUGGAACGCGAAAGGUUACGGCGCCGGCAGGUGGUGAAACUGCAGCGGGCGGUCGACGCACACUGCGGAAGCGCGCUUAG